AUGGAGAGUGACACCACUAUACGGAGAAUUAAAUCCUACAGUACACAAAAUAAAUCAUCACAUGAGAACAAUGACACUGAGGUUCAGUAUGGAAACAACGGUUAUGGGAACGCGAAAAAGAAACCUGAAGUUAGUCUGUUCUUGUUAAACGAAGGAGUGGCAACGUUACUGGUUACUGUAUUUAUUUUGGUGUUAUGGGGACUGGUUCACUUAUCCUUACAGCAGCUUGUCAUAGGAAAAUCCACCGGAGAAUUCAAUGCUGUUCGGGCAAGGAGACAUCUAGAGAGUAUCACCAGAGUGGGUCCGAGGCCAGUGGGUAGUCCAGAGAAUGAGGUUCUGACUGUAAACUACCUGCUGGACCAAAUCGCUCACAUACAGAGUGAGACCAGUGCAGGCCUCCACACCAUCUCUGUGGACAUUCAGCGGCCGACUGGCUCCUUCAGCAUUGAUUUCCUCGGUGGCUUCACCAGCUACUAUGACCGUGUCACCAACAUCGCUGUCAAACUGGAACCAAAGGCUGGAGCUCAGCACCUUAUGCUAGCCAACUGUCACUUUGACUCGGUGGCCAACAGUCCAGGUGCGAGUGAUGAUGCAGUUAGUUGUGCGGUGAUGUUGGAGGUGCUGCACUCCUUGGCUAAUCUCUCCUCUCCUCUGAAACAUGGUGUGGUUUUCCUUUUCAAUGGCGCAGAGGAAAAUGUCCUACAGGCAAGCCAUGGCUUCAUUACCCAGCACCCCUGGGCCAAACAGGUGCGGGCUUUUGUGAAUCUAGAGGCAGCAGGUGUUGGGGGGAAAGAGGUGGUCUUUCAGACAGGUCCUGAGAAUCCAUGGUUGGUUCAGGCUUAUGUUCAUGCAGCCAAACACCCAUUUGCAUCUGUGGUUGGUCAGGAGGUUUUCCAAAGUGGGAUUAUCCCAUCUGAUACAGAUUUCCGCAUCUACCGCGACUUUGGGAAUAUUCCAGGCAUUGAUUUGGCAUUCAUUGAAAAUGGCUUCAUAUAUCACACAAAGUACGACACUCCCGACCGAAUCCUGACCGACUCCAUUCAGAGAGCUGGUGACAACAUUCUGGCUGUCCUGAAGCACCUAGUCAUGUCAGAGAUGUUGGCGGAUUCCUCCGAUUAUCGUCAUGGUAACAUGGUGUUUUUCGACCUACUGGGCGUGGUAGUGGUAGCCUAUCCGGCACAAGUUGGUACCAUCAUAAACUAUAUGGCAGCCAUGGCAACGUUCCUCUACCUGGCCAAGAAGUGUUCCCUGCCUAGCAAUGUGGGUGGUCGUUACAUAUGGGAGUUGGCCUAUGCAGUUGGUGUGGUAGUGUUGGGCUGGUUCGUCACCCUGUUGUCUGUGUUGAUUGUGGCUCUUCUGGUCACUCUGAUGGGCCGUUCUAUGUUCUGGUACAACCACUUCUAUGCCUCCAUUUGCCUGUAUGGUGCUGCAGCUACUGGAAAGAUGGUUCUGAUCCACACACUGGCCAAGAACCUCUACUACGGGAACGUGCGUCGAAUGGAGCUGGGUGAGCUCUUCUUUGAUGUGAGUUUGUUGCUGUGGUGCUGUGCCUUGGUCUACCUGACCCAGCAAGGCCUGUGUUCGGCCUACGUGCCCAUGCUGAUGGUGGUGUUCCCCCUUAUCACGAAGGUGCUGCUCACCCAGGAGUUCAAACAAAGAGGUGCAUCGUUGAAGUAUUCAGUUUUGUACCAGUUGGGUUUGGCUCUGCCAUACGUCCACCUCAUGUUCCUUAUCUGGGUGGUGUUUGAGAUUUUUACGCCUAUCCUGGGUCGCAGUGGCACAGAAAUCCCUCCUGACGUGGUGCUGGCUUCGCUUGUCACCGUGGCGACCAUUCUUCUGUCCUCCUUUUUCUUGCACUUCAUUUAUCUGAGCAGAGGCACUAAGUGGAUUUUGGCAGGUUUGGGUACCAUCUUCACUGUGAUGCUGAUUCUGGUGUCCUUUGGGCUUUUCUUCCCUUACACGGCCGACCCGAGCAGCCCACGACCCAAACGUGUAUUUCUACAGCAUACUACCCGUACGUUUCACGGCUUGGACGGUUCUGUGGAGAAGACUGAUUCUGGAUUGUGGAUUAACAGUUUUGACUACACUGGCAUGAGUCACAUUACGCCUUAUGUCCCGGAGAUUAACGAGACCAUCCGAACACGCUGCCAGGACAAUCUGCCCUUCUGUGGCUUCCCAUGGUUCCUUCCCGUCAAAUUCCUUGUUAAGAAGAAUUGGUAUCUCCCAGCACCCGAAGUGUCUCCAAAGUCUCCGCUGGAGUUCCGGCUACUCUCCAAGAAGGAGACAGAGUGGGGCACAGUCAAAAUGACCUUUGAGGCCAAAGGACCGAGCCACAUGUCCCUCUACCUCAUGCCACACCCUGGGGCCAAGCUCUCCAGCUGGUCGUUUGGGGAUGGCAACCCUCGGUUUGACCUCAGCGGGGAAUACUUCAUCUUCUACUCCCAUGGUCUGGAUGCACCUGCCUGGAACUUCUGGUUUGAAAUCCAGCCACCCAGUUCUCCAGAACCCUCCAGUGCUGAAGGCAUGAUCUCAGUGGCCAUCUCCUCUCAUUAUUUCUUUGGGGAGGACCAGAAGACGCCCAUGCUUGAGUCCAUGCUCCAGAGGUUCCCUAACUGGGCUUUCCCUUCUUCUUGGGUCAGCACCUAUCAGAUGUACCGAUACUGAUGGCCCGUUUUGGGGCCCGAAUACCUGUCAUCACUCCACAUAUAGAAACACAAACAAA